AUGGUCACGGAGACCGUGUCAAGAUCGGGCUUCAAGAGCAACCUGACUUCGCAGCAAAAGGAAACGUUGGAUUCCUUUCGCAAAGCGCUACACGAUGAUGGCAUCCUACACGAUGGCGACACGAUAGGCACCGACGAUGCUGCGCUCUUGCGCUACCUGCGUGCUCGCAAAUUUGACCUGCCGAAAAGCAAAGCUUUGUUCGCCAAGGCGCAAGCGUGGCGAAAGGAUCCUUGCGGCGAAGGCCUCACCAUCGAUCAGCUCUAUGUCAGAAUGGACCCUUUCGACUUUGACAAGCGAACAGAGAUCAUGCAGUACUGGCCCAUGUUCUUUCAUGGCGUAGAUCGCGAGGGACGUCCGCUCAACAUACAAGCCUUUGGCAACUUUGAUGUAGCCAAGCUACAAGCUGUCGAGACGCCAGAGUAUCACUGGAAGAGCGUCUGUCUGAACGCGGAAUCACUCACGCGAGAAGUGCUACCGGCGAGUGUCAAGGCAGCGGGCGGCAGGGAUCUGGAUGGCAACGUGUCAAUAGUUGAUCUCAAGGGCUUCACUCUCGGUCAAUUCUGGCAGGUCAAAGCGCUCGCCAAGCGUAGCUUCGGUCUCGCGCAGGACUACUAUCCAGAAGGACUUGGCCGUCUCUAUAUUGUCAAUGCGCCGUCGAGCUUCACAUACGUAUGGGGUGUCAUGAAGCCCUGGCUCAGCAAGGAGACGCAAGAGAAAGUCAACAUCCUCGGCACAGACUAUGCCUCGACGUUGCUCAAGUACAUUGACGCGGAACAGCUGCCCAGCACGCUCGGCGGAGCAUGCAACUGCAAAGAGGGCUGCAGUCUGUCGUCAAGGGGCCCUUGGCUGGAGGGCAGAGCGGAGCGACGUCGUGCCGAUAUCGCUCGAUUUGCGCCAGAGCUCGCGGAGGAUUCCAAAGCCGACGAGAAAAUCGACGCGAUACCCAACGGUCAUGCUGAUACAGCGCUCGCAAAGACAACUAGUCCAGAUGACUUUGCAGUAGCAGCAGAGCCGAGCCAGACGACGCUGGACCAAGCGAGGAAUGACGACACAGCCCACGGAGGCGCCGAUAUGCGGUUUGCUGGUCUCCGCUACCUGUAUGACGUACACCUAGACAAUAGACAGCGCAUUGUCGUAACACUGUAG